GAAGAAAUGAAAAGUUUUGGAAGUUUAAGAGCAAAUCCAUUUUCAAGGAAUAACAGGAAUCAAACUCAAACACAGAAACGAUUACCAAGCCAGUGUGAAAACUGAAUUCAAGCUCUCAGGCAGAUUAUUGCUUGAGACAACUGAUUCUCAACUCUUGGACAUAACUUAGUGAAGAUGCUAAUGUCCCAGCUGAGCCGCUCAUUUGACCCCUGAAAUGCUCCUAAAAUGAGAAAGAAUUCUGGUUCAGAGUACAAUCCUACUCAGGCUACUUUUGAUCAUAAUAGAGAGCCAAGCAAACUUAAGCUAAUUAAACUCGGCACAAGCCAGGCAGAAGAGAAUCUUGAAAUCUCGACUGUAGAUAAGUAUGAGACUCUUAAGGUUGUUCCUUCCCCAUUUGGAAAUUCUGAAAUCCUUGACAUUGAUAGAUCUUUCAUGUCUAUUGAUGACUUGAGUGCAAAAACUACUAGUUUUCGUCCAACUAAGAGUCUAAACCUAGAUGCCGAGAAAAUUCAUAGAGUAAAGAAGAAUUCAGCCUUUGGGAAACACAAAUAUAAGCUCAGAGUUGUUAACCAGAUCAUGAAGAAGCGUAGUAAAAAAUCUUUAUUAUCAAAGAAACAAGCGAUUAAGAAAUCAAUAGGGCUCCUCAAGCAAGGCUUGAUGAAGAAGUUACUGACUGGUUCUAAUGACUCAACAAACAAACAAAAGAACUUGCUGGUUCUUGCGAAUAAAUCUAAGAAGAAAACUGAUUCAAAUGUCUUAUCUAAAAAUAUAGUCCAGGCUAAGGAUGUUUUGGAGCUCAAGAAAAAUGAGGUAAGAGCUUAGUUACUCAGGUUUAACCCCAGAAGGAUAGUCUUCAAGAAGCCCAACGUGAUGAUAGGAUGAUUAGUAUUGAUACUUCUAAAGAUAGAGACUCUAGUUCCGUUUCAGAAGAUUAAAUACCG